AUGCCAAGUGAAUCAAUUGUGUAUAUCUUUGGGCGCAGUCUCCCCGGGGAUGCGAGGGCCUUCGUUCACGCAGUGGUGAAGAUCCUAGAAGACACCCGUGGGAUUCGAUUGGGGGAAUGCAGCAUUGAAGACAUCAAUCCAACCCAGACCCUCCUAUACCUAACUAAAGAAUCCCAUAUCAGCCCUCCAAGCCCCGGUUGCUCAAUAGUGACCAAUACCGAGGCAUUUAUCACCCAUCUCAGCAACGAACUAGAGGCCGGUGGCCGUCCAGCAGAUGCAUCUACACUACGAUAUGUCCUCGACCUGUGUCACAGGGAGACAGAGCGCGGUGGUUUGGGAUUAUCAGAGGCACUAUGCAUCGACUGGUCGCUCAGUCAGAUGCAACUUCAAGACCUGCAGGAUCUCCUUGAGGCAUGGCUGGAGUCUCUGAACUCCGCUGAAUCAGGUAGAUGCCUCCCCGCACCGCUGUCCGUUAAGACUUCUGUCACGCGGCCCAUGACAUUGGCCGAGAAGAUUCUUGCUCAUCAUGCAUUUUCACUGCCAUCUUCGCUGCCAUCUGCACAUGGUCUUAAAAGUGGUGACUUUGUUCGAACCUCAGUUGACUGGAUUAUUGCCAGUGAGUUAUCUUGGGUGGGCAUGAAGCACAGUAUGACCAGCAUAGGGGAGGAGCCUACGGUCUGGAGAAAUGACCGGUUUUGGCUGGCGGGAGAUCACACGGUUGAUCCCCGUACAUAUCACCAACCGCGGGUUCGGGAGCUUAUUGACGGCAUGGAAGAUGCAAAGACAAAAUUCAAGAUGACUGAAAACCAAGGCUCAAAUGUCAGCUCCUGCCAUAUCCCAUUCUUGGACUUUCACUGGGAGUCGUUGCUGAUGAUCAAACUCAUUCCCCAGUAUACCAUCCUCCACACCGAAUUCGUGCGGGAGCGAGCCGAACCGGGCAUGCUCAUUCUAGGCUCGGAUUCCCACACCUGUUCGGCAGGUGCCGUCAGUUCGCUCGCUAUUGGCCUCGGGGCGGCCGAUGUGAUGGCGGCUCUGGCCACCGGUGAGACAUGGAUCAAAACCCCUGAGUCAAUCCGGGUGGAGUUCACGGGCGAGCCUGCGUGGUACAUCCGGGGCAAAGAUGUGAUCCUUUACAUUCUAAAAUUGCUCAAGCGCAACACGCAUGCUGCUGAUCGAAUUAUAGAGUUCGGAGGACCAGGCACGCGCUACCUUUCGUGCGAUGCCCGGUUCGCAAUCUGUAAUAUGUGCACGGAAUUGGGCGCCAUUACAGGUAUUUUCGUCCCAGACCAGAUCACUAGCCAAUUCAUCUCGGAUCGCCCUCAAAGCCGCUACAAGUCACAAUCUCUGUAUUUUCAACCGGAUGCAGAUGCCACGUACGCCGCGACCUUUCAGAUCAAUCUUGAUGAGGUCAAGUCCUUUAUUGCGCUCUAUCCGUCCCCUGACAACGUAGUGGAAGUGACUGAUAAACUGAACAUGGCUUUUGAGGGUUGCUUCAUCGGUGCUUGUACCACCACCGAAGAAGAUCUGAUCUUAGGCGCCUUAGUCCUGGAGGCGGGUCUUCAGAUCGGGCUACCGCUGGCUACAGGGAAGCGGAUGGUUGUCCCUGGAAGCUUACCAAUUGUCAAGAAUUUGCGCGACUUGGGUUUGUUAGAUAUCUAUUCCCAGGCCGGGUUUCAACAGCCAGCUGUGAGCUGCAGCCUGUGCCUGGGGAUGGGAGCCGACCGCGCAGGGGCUGGCGAGAAUUGGCUUUCAUCACAGAACCGCAACUUCAAGAACCGAAUGGGUCCAGGAUCCAUCGCACAUAUUUGCUCCGCCGCUGUAGUCGCUGCCUCAUCUUUUAGUAUGCAACUCACCGACCCUCGCGAUCUUCUUAGCCAAGUGUCGGUUGAGAGAUAUUGCACUUUACUUGAAAUUUGCCGGCGAUGGAAGGCUGAGCCGCGUCAGAAGUCCGGAGAUGGUUCCAAAGGGGGUGCCGUACAGAGUGCAGCGUCGAUCCCGUCAGCUAUGCCUCCAGCGCCCGAGCCUUACUUGUCCGUUCGCGAAGUUGCAGCCGCUGAGACGAAGAAACCGAGACAGGAGCAGUUGAAUGAGGAAAUCAGUAGUGCCGUAGAGGAGAUUAUUUGUAGCAAGGUCUCUGCUUUAGGUGAUUUUGUGGACACCGACGCGAUUAUUCCAGCUGCGUUCAUUAUGGAGAGCCCAACCGACGUCCUGCUCGGCAGUCACUGCCUGGAGUUAACCCACCCCGAGUUUCGCGACCAGGUUCGGGCUGGUUUGGACGUGGUCGUCGCUGGCAAAGCCUUCGGCUGUGGUUCAUCGCGUGAAGAAGCGCCACGUGCUUUGAAAGGUCUCGGCGUGAAAUGUGUGAUUGCACGUUCUUUCUCCUUCAUCUAUGGGCGUAAUCAGCCCACUAUCGGUCUCUUGGGCCUCACCAUCACCGAUGACAACUUCUAUGCAUCGGUCCAAACUGGCGUUGAUAUUGAGAUCAACCUUCCCCGUCGACUAGUUACCGUGGGCGGGCAGUCGUACCCGUUCGUGCUUGAUGAGAUGGAGUUGGCCUUAAUCGAGCAACAGGGACUUGCGGCGGCGUACAAGAAGUUUGGCAAGGCCGUGUUCCAGUCGCUCUGUGACGAUCAAUUGUUGGAGACAGUGUCGGCAUCAGAGCUGGCCGAGAUGCAUCUAGGCGGGCGUCAGAAAAACCUGGGAAAUCGGGACGUGCUCGCAUGGUGA